AUGUCCGCGGGUCAUCGUGUUGCCCGGGUCCACCUCAAGGAAAAAAACACCGCCCAAGAUGCCUCGGGAAGACAGCCCUCCUCCUCCUCCUCCGCCACCGCCCAACUCGCCAGUGCAAAGGUAGUGCUUGGAAACAACCUACGCCGCUUCCCGGACUUUCCCAUCCCGGGCAUCAACUUUGUCGAUAUCAUGCCGCUCUUUGCCAAUCCCGAAGCUCAUGCCACCCUCCUCAACGCCCUCGAGCUUCAGAUCACCCAGACUUUUGUCAACACCAAGCCCGACGUCAUUGUAGGUCUCGAUGCUCGCGGUUUCCUCUUUGGCCCCGGCCUCGCUCUGCGUCUUGGUGUACCCUUUGCUGCUGUUCGCAAGCAGGGCAAGCUCCCCGGUCCUUGCGUCACCGCCGAGUACGUCAAGGAGUACGGCAAGGAUUUCUUCCAGAUGCAGGAGGACGCGAUCCGCGAGGGCCAAAAGGUUCUCGUCGUUGACGACAUUAUUGCCACUGGUGGUUCUGCCAAGGCUGCUUCCGACCUUAUUACCCAGCUCAAGGGCCACGUCAUGGGCUACCUAUUCAUUCUCGAGAUUCCUGGUCUCAACGGCCGCGACAAGCUUGGCGCUGCUCCCACUACCAUCCUCCUCCAGGACGAAUAA